AUGCGCAAGUCUAUCCCCUCUGCUGCCGCCGCCUCCCGGCAUAUCGGGCAAUCUUCCUCCCAGCGACCAGCAGCCUUCAAUCAAAUCAUCAAACGAACCGCGCAAAACAGCGGGAAGCCAUGUCUUUUCUGCCAGAGUCGAUCAUAUGAACGGACUCCAUACGCGUCAUCUCGCCAAUUUGGCACCUCGAGCUCCCUUCCAUUCCGAAACUCGCUUCCAAGUACCUCGCCUCAAUCACCUGAGGCGGCACCACAAUCGACGAUCUCCCCGUCAGAGCAUCUGUCACCGUUCUCUACGAGGAAAGCCCCCGACAUCACAACUCACUAUACCAUAUUCCCCAAGACUCUACCCAAAGGACCUCCGCCAACGGGUCCAUUUGACAUUUCCUUACGAGACCUUCGACGCGAGUUCCUUUCCCUCCAAGGCCUCGCGCAUCCCGACAAAUACCCCGAAGGCCCAUCCAAACAAAGGGCAGAAGCUCUUUCGUCCAGAAUCAAUGAAGCCUACCGUGCGUUGGGCGAUCCACUAUCCCGCGCUCAAUACCUGCUUGCAUCCCAAUACGAUAUUGACGUUACGGCUGAAGACGGCGCAAAUAAACACCCGCAAAGCCCGGAAACGCUUAUGCAGGUGAUGGAUGUACAGGAGGCGGUUGAGGAGGCGGAAGAUGAGAGUGUCAUCUCUGAACUGAAGAUGGAAAACGAGGAGAGGAUUGCGCAGACAGUCAGUGAAAUGGGAGAUGCGUUUGAGACCGGCGAUAUAGACAGUGCUACGAAGCUGUGCUCAAAGCUAAAAUUCUGGUACACGAUUCGAGAUGGUUUGAGGGAAUGGGAGCCAGGCAAUAAGAGUAUCAGGCUCGAGCACUGA